AUGCCCAUUGAAUUGCGAGCUGAGCUUUUCUUCCGGCCGGAUCCCGCAUGUGAGGAGAAUAAUUAAUAUCAAAUUAAAGGUCGUCGCUCGGUUUUGAGUGUAUGAGAAUAAUUAGAAUUCUCAGAAGAUGCCGACGCCGUCGAUCCCAUUCGCCGGCAUUAAUGCUUUAGCUGUAUCUGUAUCUGUAUCCAACAAUGAGAAGCACCUCAAUCUAACGUUCUCCGACGACUACAAUAAUGAAGAGGAUUCUUCAUAAGACGCUGGUGCAGAACGCCGCCGUGAGGGCCAUCUUCAAAUCCAAGCCUCGCCGCCCCAAGAGUCCCGCCGAAACCGUCGCCCAAACCAUCUCCUUGCUCACCGCUCUCCAUUCCUUUGACGAUCAGAAUGGCACCAAACGUUUUGAUAAGAUGGGUGAAAUCGACACCCUAAUGCAUGAGAUGAAAUCGAUUUUAUAUGGGAAUGCUGAAUCUGUGCCUGCUGCUGAAGCCUGUUCCCAAUUGACUCAGGAGUUUUUUAAGCAUGACACAUUGCGCCUCAUCAUCAAUUGUCUUCCUAAGCUCAAUUUGGAGGCACGCAAGGAUGCUGCGCAAGUUGUUGCAAAUUUGCAGAGCCAGCCUGUUAAUUCAUGCUUGAUUGCUUCUGAUUACUUGGCAGAGAACCUAGACAUUCUGGAUAAUUUGAUUAUUGGAUAUGAGGAUUCGAUUCUUGCUUUGCACUAUGGAUCAAUGUUGAAGAAGUGUAUUAGGCACCAGGUUGUUGCAAGGUAUGUUUUGAAGCCAGAGCAUGUAAAGAGGUUUUUUGGCUAUGUCCAAGUUCCUGAAUUCGAUGUUGCUGCAGAUGCCACAAGCACUUUUGAGGAGCUUUUGACAAGGCAUAAAUCUACAGUGGCAGAAUUUCUUUCUGAAAAUUAUGAUUGGUUUUUCGCUGAAUUCAACGCACAACUGUUGGAAUCUCCAAAUUAUAUUACAAGAAGACAAGCAGUCAAGCUUCUAGGAGAAAUUCUGCUUGAUCGUUCAAAUUGCAGUGUGAUGGUGCGCUAUGUGAGCUCGUUGGACAACAUGAUGAUUCUAAUGAAUCUUCUGAGGGAAACUAGCAAGUCCAUCCAGCUAGAUGCGUUUCACGUGUUCAAGCUUUUCGUGGCUAACAAGAACAGACCUGCUGAAAUUGCGAGUGUUCUGGCGAACAACAAGGACAAGCUCCUUCGUCUCUUGGAGGGCUUAAAGACAGACAAAGAGGAUGAAAUAUUCGAGACUGACAAAGCUGAGAUCAUGAAAGAAAUUACUCAACUGGAUUCGCCAGGACAAUCUGGUGUUGGGGGAGAUCUGUUUUCAACUCCGUUUUCCUCCUCGGAAGCACUGCAGGGAAUCCCCUCAUCGUUCGAACAAGAAUAAUGCAUCCUCCCAGAUGCUCUGUCUGUCGGGCCGAGGCGUGGGGCCCUUGGGUUAGAGACUCAACCUUCCAGAAAGAAAGAAUAAUGCAUGAGCUGAGCUUUACACACCUACCCUGCAGCUAGCAAACAACAUUAAUUAUUUCAUUUCAUUUGGUAGGGUUUAUCAUAUAUAUUAUAUUUAUAUAUAUAUAUACAGUGAUUGAUUCUUUUUUAGGUUCAAAUCUUUUCAGCACGGAAAUUCAAUUUUGUGGCUGUAACCCCGGCCUGCUAUAGUUCCAGCCAUACAAUUAAGAUUGUAGUUUCUCAGAUCCGAUAGGUUAAGAAUCAAUACAACUGUCAUGUUGUAUGUAUACAUGAAAGUUUAGGCUUUUAUUAAUAGUCCACUGAAGAAGGUGGCUAUUGAGUAUUGACAUUGAGGAUUGAAUUUAAGUCAUUUUGAACAAAAUAAAUAUAUAUCUUUUAAUAUUAAUUUGAUUGAUUUUAUUUCUCCCAA